CUCAGCCACAGCCACUGCCACUGCUCAACCCACUAAUAGAGAGAGAAACUAAAUAAGAAACAGUGAAAGCUAGAGAGAGAGAGAGAGUGUUUGUAUGUGUGUGUGUGUUCCAUUCCUAUAGUAGAGUGUGAUCAUCAUUUAAGUUGUUGCAUUAUUGGGAAUUGUAUUGUGUUUGAAUUGAGGGAAGAAGAUGAGUAUGUACGGUAGGGAUCCGUGGGGUGGUCCGCUGGAAAUUAACGCCACCGACUCUGCCACCGACGAUGACCGCAGCCGCAACCUUAACGACCUCGACAGGGCGGCGCUGUCACGUCCACUCGACGAGACACAGCAGAGCUGGUUACUGGGACCCACCGACCAGAAGAAGAAGAAGAAGUACGUCGAUCUCGGUUGCAUCAUCGUUAGCCGCAAGAUCUUCGUUUGGACCCUCGGAACCAUUCUCGUCUCCGCCUUCAUCGCCGGAUUCAUAACCCUCAUCGUUAAAACCGUCCCUCGCCACCACCACAAACACCCUCCACCCGAUAACUACACUCUCGCUCUUCACAAGACCCUCAUGUUCUUCAACGCCCAAAAAUCUGGGAAAUUGCCUAAGCAUAAUAAUGUUUCGUGGAGGGGUAACUCUUGUUUGCAAGAUGGGAAGGCUUCUGGUACUUCAUCAUCUUCCAUAAAGGAUCUGGUUGGUGGAUAUUAUGAUGCCGGGGAUGCUAUUAAGUUCAACUUCCCUCAAUCUUUUGCCAUUACCAUGUUGAGUUGGAGUGUUAUUGAAUACAGUGCUAAGUAUGAAGCUGCUGGUGAGCUUGAUCAUGUUAAGGAUAUUAUUAAAUGGGGUACUGAUUACUUUCUCAAGACCUUCAAUAAUUCUGCUGAUACCAUUACUACCCUUGCUGCACAGGUUGGGAUAGGGGAUACUUCUGGAGGGAGUACAAGUGAAAAUGAUCAUUACUGCUGGAUGCGUCCGGAGGAUAUUGACUAUGAUCGACCAGUGACUGAGUGUAGAAGUUGCUCGGAUCUUGCGGCAGAAAUGGCUGCUGCCUUAGCUGCUGCAUCCAUUGUUUUCAAAGACAACAAAGCCUAUUCGAAGAAGCUUGUACAUGGUGCCACCACGCUCUUUAAGUUUUCAAGGGAACAGAGAGGCAGAUACAGUGCAGGUAGUUCGGAAGCUGCGAUAUUUUACAAUUCCACUAGCUACUGGGAUGAGUUUGUUUGGGGAGGCGCUUGGAUGUAUUACGCCACUGGGAAUUCCUCAUACCUUAAGCUUGCUACUACUCCUGGCCUGGCAAAGCAUGCCGGUGCCUUCUGGGGAGGCCCUGAUUAUGGGGUAUUUAGCUGGGAUAACAAGCUUGCUGGUGCUCAGGUUCUUCUGAGUCGUUUGAGGUUGUUCUUGAGUCCUGGGUAUCCAUAUGAAGAAAUUUUAAGGACAUUUCAUAAUCAGACCAGCAUAGUUAUGUGCUCUUACCUACCGGUGUUCACAAGCUUUAAUAGAACCAAAGGAGGCUUGAUUCAAUUAAACCAUGGAAGGCCUCAGCCUCUCCAAUAUGUUGUCAAUGCUGCCUUUCUGGCUGCCGUAUACAGUGAUUAUCUUGAUGCUGCUGAUACACCCGGAUGGUAUUGUGGACCUAAUUUCUUUUCAACUGAUGUUCUCCGUGACUUUGCCAGGACCCAGAUUGAUUACAUCCUUGGGAAGAAUCCUCGAAAAAUGAGCUACGUAGUAGGUUUUGGUAAUCAUUAUCCAAAACAUGUCCACCAUAGAGGUGCGUCUAUACCAAAGAACAAGGUUAAGUAUAACUGUAAAGGUGGAUGGAAAUGGAGGGACUCACCAAACCCGAACCCAAAUACAAUUGUUGGUGCCAUGGUUGCUGGUCCUGACAAGCAUGAUGGCUUCCAUGAUGUUCGUACAAAUUACAAUUACACAGAACCAACUGUUGCUGGAAAUGCUGGUUUAGUAGCGGCACUUGUGGCAUUGUCAGGUGACAAAAGCACAACUAUUGACAAAAAUACCAUUUUCUCUGCUGUUCCCCCAAUGUUUCCUACACCGCCACCACCUCCGGCACCAUGGAAACCAUAAGACGUCAUGCCAUUUGUUUUCGUUUUCCAGCAAGUACCCCAAAUGACUUGAGUGCAUUGAUAAGUUCUGUUAUUUUCUAUCAACUGGAAGAUCAAGGUAAUUUUCAAGACAAAGGGCAUGGGGAAAUGGAAGUAGAGCACGGCCUUGUGAAUCUAGUUGGCUGCGGCCAAUGAUCGACUCAAGAUUAGCAUUUAGAAUUGAUAAAGUGUUCUUGAGAGUGUCUCUUUGUGUAAUUUUUUUGUGAUAUACAUAGUAUAUAUGUAUCAAAGUCAAAUCUUGUAUUCUUUAAACAUGGAAACUGAACAGCUUGUAAUUGUUUGACAGUUUCAUCUAAUG